GGGUAUAAAUGAGAAGGUUUCAGCAGAGCUCCCCACCUGGUCCUGAGCUCCCUCACAGAAUCACCUCCUGCCCCACCAGCAACCAGUGACCGCAGCAUGAGGGGCUCGGUGGUGGCACUGGCCUUGCUGGCUCUCCUGGUGGUGGCACAGGAGGGACACGGGGAAGGGAACACCGUCAGGCUCUGCGGGAGAGACUUCAUCCGAGCCGUCGUCUUCACCUGCGGCGGCUCUCGCUGGAAAAGGCAUUUGACUGAUUAUCACUACCUGUUUGCUUCAAGUUUCGAUGGGGCAGAGAGUGACAACCCCCUGCCUUUCUCACAAGAGAACAAGGGUUACGCCGACUCCUCGGCACAGGCAGCCCUGGAGACCGACAGCGAAGAAAUCCAGGACAUCCAGCCCGGGACAGAGCGGGAUUCACGGCGCAGCAGGAAAAUGUCUGCCCUAAAAAAGCGCGAAGCCGCCAAACUGCUGACCACGUCCUGCUGCAGCAUCGGCUGCAGCGAGAGAGAGAUCAGUUCCCUCUGCUGAAACCCAUCGGCUGGCAGCCCUCCCAUAUUAAAAUAAUUGUGACAUAAACCA